GGGAAGAGCCGGAGAAGGGGCGGAGCAGCCUAAGGCGGGCCCUGACCCUUGUCCUUCAGCUGUCCCAGGGCAGGCGGCGGGCGGGGAUUUCUCCCCCCGGGGGGGUUGUGAGGCGCUGGCUGGGGACGGGCGGAUCACGCCGCAGUUUAGCAGCCCGCAGCCGCCCUCCCACGGGCCGUGAGCGCCAUCCCGGGCUGGGGGCUCGGCGCCAAGGCAGGACCCGCCCUCCGCGGGCGGGGCCCGGGAAAGUCCCCGGGAGGCGGCCGGCGUCACGGGAGUCAGCUGAGCGGGGCAGGGCGGCGAGCGAGGCCUUCACAACAAACCCGCCCCCGCAGCGAGGGGCGCCGCGCAGGACGGGCAGCGGGAGCCGGCGGCGGAGCAAGGAGGCGGCAGCCGGCCGGGCGCGGCCGAGGGACGGAGCCGUUGGGGGAAGCAGGUCGCGGGCUUGAGCUCAGUCACUGCAGUGAUGUCCAGCAAGCCGCUAAGGCGUCCUGCUGAAAAUGGUGAAUGUCACAAGAGUGAAACGGGAAAUGGACCCCACAAUCUGGCAUCUCCUACGCUUGGCACGUUUACACCAGAAGAGAUGGUGCAGCAGAUGAAAGAGCUGAUUACAGAGAACAAUGAAUUAAAAGAAGCCAUGAAGAUACAUAACCAAGCUAUGAAGGAUCGGUAUGAGGAGCUUUCUGUAUGGCGAGAGAAACAGAAGGAAGAGCGGGAGUUUUACGAGUCCAAGUUCAAAGAAGCUAAACAUUACUUGCAAGCCAAGUGCCUUGAAAACGAAGAGCUGCAGAAACAACUUCAAAGCUUAAAAGAGAAAGAGGAGAACUGCACAGUUCCUAGGGAGGAAAUGACCCAGGAAACUAAGCAGCUGAAGACACAGUUGCUGCGGCUUCAGGCUGAGAAGGCAGAUCUGCUUGCCAUCGUUUCAGAACUACAGCUCAAACUCAGUGUCCCUUCGACAGAGGACUCUUUUGUUGAGAUCAGAAUGAGUGAGGGAGAAUCAAAUGCAGCUUUAAAAGAAAAUCAGGAUGUUAAUAGCCAAAGGACCAACAACGCAGCUGCCUACAUAAGGAGCAGAUCUGUGGAUGAACCAAAGAAUUUGGAAUCUGAAGAGCUUACUGUUAGCCAACUUCUUUGUUGCCUUAGAAAUGAGACUCAGAUGAGGGAGACCCUUGAAAAGGAACUUCAAGAACACAAGGAGAGGCUAUCAAAGCUGGAGAAGGAAGUGGCUGAUUAUCUGGAGAGUGGAACUCAAACAGAAUGGGCAGAAGAAGAGGAUGAAAGUGCAAAGACAGUUGGUAGUGAAAUAGAAACCCUGAACCUGCAGGUCUCAUCCCUCUUCAAAGAACUUCAGGAGGCCCAUGCUAAAUUAAAAGAAGCUGAGCUGAUCCAGAAGAGGCUUCAAGAAAAGUGUCAGAUACUUGAAAGAAAAAACUCCGCUACUUCAGCAGAUUUGGAUGAGAGGCAGCAGCUCCUAUAUACCAUUAAAAAGCUAGAGCUUCAGGUGGAGAGCAUGCAGUCAGAGCUCAAACUGGAACAAGCCAAAACAAAGGAAGAAAAGGCAAAAUUUUCUGACUUGCAGCAUACGUACAGCAAGCUUCUCCCUGAACUCAGUGAUGCAAUGAAAACCAUUGAAGAACUAAAAAGCAACGAGUUGGCGAGAGUGGAUAAGGCGGUGGUAGAGGACCUGAAUAAAAAGCUAGAGCUGGCGGAGAGAGCUUUGGCUACAAAACAGCUACAAAUGGAUGCAAUGAAGCAGACCAUUGCUAAGCAGGAGGAAGACCUUGAAACCAUGGCUGUCCUCCGAGCUCAGAUGGAGGUUUAUUGUUCUGACUUCCAUGCUGAGAGAGAAGCAAGAGAGAAGAUACAUGAGGAAAAAGAACAGUUGGCUGUACAGCUGACAUACCUGCUACAAGAGAAACAUACUCUUGAAAAUCUUGGCAGAAGCUCUUUGGUGGAAAUGCAGAGUCGUCACGGAGCCAGAGCAUCAGUGGAUCAAGAUCAUUCACCUCAUCUUGUACAAAGAGGAAGUGAUCCUCAGGACUGGCGACAGCAGCAGAGGAAUAUUCCAGUACAUUCCUGUCCCAAAUGUGGAGAAAUUCUACCUGACAUGGACACGCUUCAGAUCCACGUUAUGGACUGUAUCAUCUGAACGCUGAUCUCCAACUCUUCAUAAAUGGAAAUUUUCACCUGCCAAGCAAAUGCAUUCUUUCCCUCUAGAAUAGGACCUGAUCCUACUCACUGUGAAGUUUUACAGGGUUAUUUUCCACUGAUUUCAUUGACAACAGGGCAACACCACUUUUUUUUUUUUAAGCAUUUCCACUUGCUUUAGGGAAGAGAGAAUUUUCAUCUUGUAAAAUGAGUUGCUAAUUUACGGAACUCCACAUAUAUCUGCUGCAGUGGAAUCUUUAAUCAUCCUCUAACAAGAAGCUCUACUUCUCAUAGUUUAUGAUCACUCAGCAGAGAAUGAUUCACUGUAUCUGGCUGAAUUAAUGCAGUCAAAGGAGAAAAGAUAGAUACAGCUGAUCAGUUUAUAUAUGAGAGAUGAAGUAGGUAUAGGCUUAAUCAGGAAGCUAACUCAUGUUUGAGAAGCUUUUAAUAAAAUGGAAUAGUUUUGUAUUCAUUACACACUUGAAAAGAAUCCUGCUCUUGCGCUGAAUAGCAGUUUUAUUGAAUUCCCUGCAACCAGGCUAAUCUGAUGUUAGAUUCUUGAUACUGUAGUUUGUGUACUCUCUGCUUUAACCAGAUGUGGGCAAAGUGUAAGAUUAAACUGUUUGGGUCUGAAAUAUGUAGCUGCUGCUAUAUUAAAGUCAUUUGGUUUUAUAGAACAAUUCACAAUUUAAAGAAGCUGUCUUUACUCCUCUCAAUUGUAAUAAAUUCACCUGAACUUGUACAGUAGAUCUCAAAAUAUUUUGCUGGAAACAGGUAUGGUGGAUGUAACUUAAUCAUUUAGGAGAGUUAAUUGAGUUUCAUGUUUAUGAGACAAAAAUAAAUCUGUUGCAAAACACAAGAA